ACGGUCACGCAACGCGCAACACAAUCCAACACCCCGAUCAAAAAGCUGCGUGUUGUUGAAUUUCAGACUAAUUUAGCUUGUAAAAAGAUUGUAUUUGAGGAUGGGAGGAGAUGGGGGAAGUAUUCCUGGCCGUCAGGAUCUCGUCAGGACAAAGAGAAAACCCGAAAAGGCUGAUCAGAACAUGGAGAGAGUAGCAAGAUGGCACCAUUGUGCCCUCACACAAGAGAAACUUAGACAGCCAAUGGUGGCUUGUGAAUUAGGAAGGUUAUACAACAAGGAGGCAGUACUUGAAUGUUUACUUGAUAAAUCUAAAUCUGAGUCAGCACUACACAUCAAGAGUCUCAAGGAUGUGAAACAGCUUGUCUUGACAGACAAUCCAGCAUACCAAGGUCAGAAGGGAGAGAAAGGUGAUGGCUAUGUAGACACACAUACUGCUCCGUAUAUAUGCCCUGUAACUGGAUUAGAGAUGAAUGGAAAGUACAGGUUUUGUUUUAUCUGGCACUGUGGAUGUGUGGUUUCAGAAAAAGCUUUCAAAGAAGUCAAAUCAGAUGUGUGUCAUAAGUGUGGCAAAGAUUUGUCAAUAGAAGAUGGAAUCCUCAUCAAUGGAUCUGAAGAAGAUGUCAAAAUCCUGACAGAAAAAAUGAAUAAGAGAAGAGCACUUGCCAAAGCAGAAAAGAAAGCGAAAAAGGCCCAAAAGAGGAAAGUGGAUGGUGUAAAAGAGCAGGCUGAAACAAAAAGUGCAGGAGCACCUAGCGCACAUAGUGAUAGCAGCAGUGAUAAACAGUCCACCAAGGCCAUCAGCCUCAACAAGAAAUUCAUACCAGGUAAAAAGGAAGGCACCGCCACUGGAGUAAUCACUGGAAAACCUGAGGAUGUCCCAGGCAGGUCACACAAGCAAGACUUAGACCCAUCCACCACUAGACCAGAGUAUAACUCUAAGAAGACCGAAGUAUACAAGUCCCUCUUCCUAUCCAAGAAUAAAGACGAGGGCGAGAAGUCUCCUUGGGUCACCUACAACCCAUACUAUGCUAUGAGGAACUGAAGAGCGGAGUCUUUAUCAUACCUACAACCCAUACUAUGCUAUGAGGAACUGAAGAGCGCAGUCUUUAUCAUACCUACAACCCAUACUAUGCUAUGAGGAACUGAAGAGCGGAGUCUUUAUCAUACCUACAACCCAUACUAUGCUAUGAGGAACUGAAGAGCGGAGUCUUUAUCAUACCUGCAACCCAUACUAUGCUAUGAGGAACUGAAGAGCGGAGUCUUUAUCAUACCUACAACCCAUACUAUGCUAUGAGGAACUGAAGAGCGGAGUCUUUAUCAUACCUACAACCCAUACUAUGCUAUGAGGAACUGAAGAGCGGAGUCUUUAUCAUACCUCCAACCCAUACUAUGCUAUGAGGAACUGAAGAGCGGAGUCUUUAUCAUACCUACAACCCAUACUAUGCUAUGAGGAACUGAAGAACGGAGUCUUUAUCAUACCUACAACCCAUACUAUGCUAUGAGGAACUGAAGAGCGGAGUCUUUAUCAUACCUACAACCCAUACUAUGCUAUGAGGAACUGAACUGCGGACUUCAUUCGAAUCCUGACACCGGCACUAAUAUCCUUUGGCAAGAUAUUAACCUGCACUUGCUACUCUCCACCCAGGUG